CCUAUCGACUCUACCGCGUGCAGCCACAGCCAAGCUCUAACACCACAGCAUCACUCUCUACACGACGUCGCCGCGUUCCAAGCUACAAGCUCCAACACCAAACGCGACUUCACGAUGCAGGGCUUCAACAUGGGACGUUAUGUCCCUCCCGAGUUCGAGGGGCAAGUUACGGGUAACAAGCUUCACGGCAAGAAAGCGCCCGGGUUACAUGGCUCCAAACAAACCGUGCGGUUCGAGAUGCCUUUCAACAUCUGGUGCAGCACCUGCGAGGGGCACAUCGCACAGGGUGUACGGUUCAACGCCGAGAAGAAGAAGGUUGGAAACUACUUCUCGACUCCGAUCUUUGCCUUCCGAAUGCGCCACACGGUCUGCUCGGGCUGGAUCGAAAUUCGAACCGAUCCGCAGAAUACGGCGUAUGUGGUGACGGAGGGUGCCAAGAAAAAGGCGGCAGAUGACGAACCGGCACUUGGGAUUAUCAAGAUACACGACCCAGCGGAAGCCGCGGUGGAAGACCCGUUCGCAAAGAUGGAGAAAAACGUCAAGGACAAAACGGAAAUCAAACAGGGUGCGGCGAGAAUUGAGGAGCUCCGGGAGCUCAGCGAUCGUCAGUGGUCGGACCCGUGGCAGCACUCGCGGAAAAUGAGGAAGGUUUUCCGAGCCGAGCGCAAAGUGUUGGAAGAGAAAGCGACUGCAACAGAAGCCAUCAAGGAUCGCGCCGGGCUGUCAAUAGAGCUGCUGGAUGAAGCUUCCGAAGAUUCCGUCCGCGCAAAGCUCGUCACAUUUGGGCCUGACCACGAACAGAAGGUGUUUGAAGCACACUCUAAGCCACUCUUUGAGAAGAAGACGGAACCGAAGACUACAGAUACGACCAAGACGAAAGGCAAGCUGAAGAGUCAACAAGCGAUGGACAAGACGAGGGAGGCCCUGAAGAAAGACUUGAUGCGGAAUACGAGGGCAGCAAUUGAUCCGUUCCUAACAUCUCAAGAUCGGCCGCGGCUAGGCCUGGGGAUCAAGAUCAAUAAGAGGAAGGCUCGAGAUACAGACGUGGAGACGAAGAACGCUGAAAUUGGAGAUAGCGUGAAGAUUGGAGAGGUGGACGAGAAGAAGACGCAUGGGUUGCUAGGGUUGGAUUACAGCUCAGAUUGAGGCUUGAUGAUACCUCUAAGAGCAAGGAAUCAAUACACCCUCGUGCACGGUGUUUUCCUGUUGAAUUCCAUCGUGCAUGUCAUUACAUCAUAAUAUCUCACUCGUACUGUUUUUUUUAUCGUCCAAAGAUGCCUCUUUGCUGAGAGAGCCCCUGUCGCUCGCGUACCUGAAGCGCGGCAUCUCAAAGGCAGGGUGGAAAGAGGUCAAAGCAUGGUCUGACGCCAAAGUCACCAACCAAAAGUACCGGUGCAGCCGGAAACCUUGUCAGAAACCGGACCCGAUCCUGGCCCCCGAACGCCUGGCCUCACAGUUUACCGGCCGAAGACGGGGUACUGCCUCACCGGCCAGUACCUCCGGUGCACCAAG